UCACUGUUGCGUUGAAAAUUCGAUGAACUCGACCACUAUAUACGUACAUGCUCACGUUUCGUGAAUCAAAUCAAUAAUUGCCUCAUGGAUCUCUUCUCUUUGCAAGAAAAUUACAGUCUGGUCAUGGUUGAAGCUUUGGCCAUAUUUCUAGUCGUCUACAGCUUAUCAUUCAUCUAUAACAGAACCACUAGUACUGCACCUGAAGCAGGUGGUGCAUGGCCUAUAAUCGGCCAUUUCAAGCUUUUUGGAGCUUCAUCUGAUCUUCCUCAUCUAGCUUUGGCAUCCUUGGCUGACCGCUAUGGACCCAUUUUCACCGUCCGGCUAGGCAUACGAAGAGUCUUGGUGGUGAGUGGUUGGGAGAUUGCUAAGGAGAUCUUCACCACCCAUGAUGUCAUUGUUUCCGACCGUCCCAAAUACCUUGCAGCCAAGAUUUUGGGACACAACUAUGCUGCUUUCUCAUUUGCUCCUUACGGUCCGUAUUGGCGUGGAAUGCGUAAAACCAUCUCUCUGGAGUUGUUGUCCAGCAGUCGACUUGAUAAACUUCAGUUUGUUCAAGUGUUUGAGCUGGAGAACUCCAUUAAAAACAUGCUUCAGCUUUGGAGAGAGAAGAGAGACGAGGAAGGGAAAGUGUUGGUGGAGAUGAAGAGAUGGUUUGGAGAAUUGACGAUGAAUAUAGUGCUUAGAAUGGUGGCUGGAAAACGGUACACUUCAACCAUGGACAACGAUGAAGAUGAGGAGGAGACGAAGAAGCUUCGUGAAGUGAUGAGGGAAUGGUUUCUUUACUUGGGGCGGUUUGUGAUGGCAGACGCUCUCCCUUUUCUAGGGUGGUUAGAUUUGGGCGGAUACGAGAAGACCAUGAAAAGAGUUGCCACAGAACUCGAUUUGAUCGUUGGGAAAUGGUUAGCUGAACACCGCCAGAAGAGGGAUUCGGACAAGAUUACAGGGGCCAGAGACUUCAUCGAUGUGAUGAUCUCGGAGGUAGAAUCAGGUGCCUUCGAGAAUUAUGAUGCAGAUACCAUCGUAAAAGCCACCUGCACGUCUCUUAUUAUCGGUGGCACGGAUACAACCUCUGUCAUGCUAACGUGGGCGCUCUCGUUGUUACUGAACAACCGGUAUGCGCUCAGAAAGGCUCAAGAAGAGCUAGAAACGCACGUGGAGAAAGAUAGACAAGUAAAUGAAUUAGACAUUAAAAAUCUUGUCUACCUCCAAGCCAUAGUAAAGGAAACUUUGCGACUGUACCCAGCCGGAUUUCUAGGUGGUCCAAGAGCCUUCUCCAAGGAUUGCACCGUAUCUGGCUACCAUGUCCCGAAAGGAACAUGGCUCCUAAUCAACAUGUGGAAGCUCCAUCGCGACCCGAAGAUAUGGUCUGACCCGCUUGAGUUUAGACCAGAGAGGUUCUUGACCCCUAACCAUAAGGAUGUUGACGUUAAGGGAGGAGACUUUGAGUUGAUCCCUUUUGGUGCAGGGAGAAGAUCUUGCCCUGGGAUGGGUUUCGGGCUUCAAGCGUUACAUUUGGUUUUAGCCACUUUGUUACAUAACUUUGAUAUUUCUACGCCAAAUGGUGCACCGGUCGAUAUGACCGAAACGGCUGGAAUGACAAACGCUAAGGCAACUCCGCUUGAAGUUCUAGUCAUCCCACGCUUGGUUGCGACAAUUAAUGGUUGAACAUGUGCGUUUACGUAAAUGUAAGGUGUUUCGUAUGAUGUUUUUAUCGUAUUAUUAAGGUUUCGUGUAAUAAUUAAUGUACCUUCAAGACUUUGUUAUCCAAUGUAUGUUAAAAUAUUUAUAAUGCAGUCAUGAUACUUUACUUUUUAA